CUGUUCAGAGGAUCAGGAUGACCGUCCACCGUUUCCUCUGCAGCCAAUCAGAAGAGUCAGCUCACCUGGUCGUCAGGGCGCUGAUUGGAGCGGUGAGCGGCGCAGGUGUGUGUGCAGUGGGCGGAGCGUUGUCGUCUUCCUGCAGGUGUUCGAUCCUCCUGAUGUUUCCCAGCAUGCUCGGCUCCCGAGGUCGGGGUUACCUGAUGGUGUUAAUCUUGUCGGUGCUCUGCAGGGGUCCACUUUCUAACAUCCAGCGGAACGUGGAGACGGCGGCUCUGUCUCUGAGCUGUAACCUGGACCUGCAGGUCCAUCACAGCAGGUUACUGUGGAGGGACGCCAUCAGACCGUUUAUCCUGAUCACACAGGAGCUCACGGACGAUGAAGCAGAGUUUCAGUCGGAGACUCUGAGCGUCGGCAGGAAGUUUGAGAACAUCCGAGACGAAGUCGUCCUUCAGUACGGAUACGACCGAUUCAAACGGAAACACACCGUCACCGCCGGCAACAGCACACAGGAGCAGUUCACCUCAAAGACCAUGAUGCAGUGUGACGGUGUGGUGGAUGAGGGCGUGCAGCGGUGUGCUGAUUGGUUCAGCCUCAAGUGGGCGGAGUGUAUGGAGGCAAUCGCAGUCCCUGUCAUUAACCACGUCCUCUGUGUGUCCAUGAAGUUCCAUUUCCUGUGUGACAUCUUGAGAGUGAUGACUCCGUGGUGUAGAGAACAGAUUCCUGUGGAGGGAAACUUCGGUCAGCUCUUUGAUCAGUUGAACGCUUCAGUCGACCUUUUGUCCAGAGAGUUCAGAACAGAGCUCCACCUGCAGGAGCAGCAGCAGCAGGCGGUGUUGGGUGGAGCUGUGCUGGAGGAGGAGUUCACUCGGGCUGUCAGAGGAAACUUUCAGAAACUGAACAGAACUGUGAGACGUCUGCUGGACGUCCUGCAGCUGCUGCUGUCCCUCACCUUCAUCACCAUCUUCCCCCAAGCGUUUGGUUACCUCAGGCAGUACAGGAGGGACGUUCGAUUCGACAACGUCUACAUCACCGACUACUUCAGACAGAUCGACGCCCGCAGGAGGAGAGCGAGGAAGCGUCACCUGCUGCCUCUGAAACAAUCAGAGAAGAAGAAGCUCAUCGACCCCCGGAGUCCAAAGAUCCACCCUGAAGAGCUCAAAGGAGUGACCUCAGGUGUGUUUCAGGUGUUGUCUGUCUUCCUGCUGUCGGCCGUUCUCCUCACCGUCGACUUCUCUCUGUUUUACGUGUUGGACAUCGUCAGCAGACACACCUUCACCCAGCUCAACCUGACCAGUAGCCACCAGGUGGACAUCAGAGUGGGCGGAGACUCUAUGAUGGCCCGCCUCCUGAGGAAGACGGUUUCAGCCUUCAACAGCUCGUCCAUCAUCAACGUCCGCGCCGACAACCAGAUGUGUGUGUCUCCCCCCUCCUCCCUCUCUGCAGGUGUGUACAUCAGUUGUGUAUCUUGUGUCCUGUUGUUGGCGCUCUUCAGUUGCCUGCAGGUUUACACCAACCGCCUUCGACGGGUCAUCGCUGCCUUCUACAAUCCAAAGAGGGAGAAGACGAGAGUUUUGUUUCUUUACAACCUGCAGCUCCAGACAAGAAUUUCCUCCUCGGACAGGAAACGCAUCAUCAGUGAGGGACAGAGGAGCAGCUCGGUGUUUGAGAGUCUGAGCAGGUGUGGGCGACGUCUUUGUUAUGGCGAAGAACAGGAAGUGUCCGACUCAGAGGAGACACACUACGACCAGGGUUAGACAGGAAGUCCUGCCUCCUGGCGCAUCACCGUGACUACAGGGAGACACUGAGGAGGUUUAUCUACAGUGUUUCUAAAGGGACAAAAUAACAUGAGAUUAAAUGUGAUUAACGUAAGUUAAUGCUGACAGCAGAGGAGAUUUAAAUGAGCUGAUGACUUAUUAAUACUAAUCUAAACAUACUUUACAGUGUGUGUCUGUGUGUGUGUCUGUGUCUGUGUGUGUGUCUGUGUGUGUCUGUGUCUGUGUCUGUGUGUG